AUUAGAGACAAAAACUGAAGAGGAGAGAAUAUCAAAUAAUCAAGAGGCGAACGUUUUUAGUCAACAUGGUCCUUCAGCAACUGGCGUAAAUAUUGGGCUACAGAAUUAUUUACUGAUGAUAUUAAUAGCAAGAAAUCAAACACAAAACGAAGAAUGGUUACAACGGUUGCAGCAAGAAAACCGAAACCAUCAACAUCGUGUUCAAGAAGAAAAUCGAGAGCAGCUGCAACGGCUAACACAAGAAAACCAAAGCUAUCAACAGCGGAUUCAAGAAGAAAAUCAAGAGCAGCUGCAACGGCUAAAACAAGAGAACCAAAACCAUCUACAGCGGGUUCAAGAAGAAAAUCAAGAGCAGCUGCAACGGAUAAAACUGGAGAACCGAAAUCAUCAUCUGCAGAUGCAAAGCGAAAAACAAAACCAGCUGAACCAAAUGCUACUGGAAAAUCAGGAGCAUCUUGAGCAGCAGCUUCAACAAUUACGACAGGAACUUACACAAGACUUGUUUAAACAUAAAGAAAAUCUAAAUAUACAUACACCUCUUACAGCAAAUUCUUUUGAAGUGGCGCCACAUUGGGAACAGGGAGGCGGACGAACUGAUUACUCGGACGAGGGAGAAGGUGCCAUCUGUUGCAUGUGCAGAAAGUGCAAAUGCUAUUGUCAUAUACAUGACAAAAGUACACACAGGAAAGUAAACGACAAGCAUAAAUUAGCUGGUAAGAUGGGACGCGACACUGGACAUCAUCGCAUGGUACCCAGAGAUAAAGUGAAGAAAAUAACAGAAGAUGAAAUUCAUUGUAGAAACGUUGUAGCAAGUGAUGUUGCUCAUUGGGAGAUAGACAUCGAUACUCAUGUAAGUAUUGAGGAAUCAAGGCAUGCCGGGCGGAAUGGAAUAACUGGUAAAAUUGUUACGACCCCCUCUGCCACAAACGGUGUUUCAGACUCUGAUGUUCCGAAGGGAGAGUCUAAUGGUAGCACAAAGAAGACAGAUCAGUAUCCUAAUGACGGGAUGUCUGUGGCCUGCGGUGGUAACCCUGGAGAUCCAAGCGAUAGCGAUGGAUCAGACAGUGAAGACGAUUCUAAGAAGGAUCAUGCAAAAGAUGACAGAGAUGAAAAUGACCAAAACAAAGAUAGAAACAAGGAAUGUAAUAUCUCUGACUGGAGGAUAGAUACAGAAGUUUGGAAAAUAUGCAUAGAUAUGAAAGAUGUACAAGAGGCCAAUCGUUUACUGAAUGAAAGAAUUUUACCUGACCAGAAAUUACUAGAUCGUGGUUCAGAAGUAUUUGGUAUUUCUUCGAAAAUUGUGCAGAACAUAUGCACUGCUAUUUGCUGUUACAUGAAAGAAUGCUUUCUUCAUAUUAUCCACGUCUGCCCUGCUCUUGACUAUAGACAAGGGUUUAGCAACACACAAAUCACAUUUGUUAUCUACAGUACACGUCCUCAUGAGAAUGAAACAAUUGAAUAUCGGUAUUACAUAAGGCAUGUUAAUGAAAUAUCAACGUCUUGUUCUGAAGAAAAUACACAUAUUAGAGAACUUGAACAAGACUUUCCCAAGGACUAUUCCAAAACAGAUGAAAUUGUAGAAUGCUUAAACAAAAAUUCAAAAUCCCUUAUGGAACAGCACACAAAUCUGACUAGAGUUUCUAUCAGCUGGUUUAAAUCCAAAGGAUUUGGAACAAAACAUCAAGAUAUAACACAGAAGACUUGCAUCGCUCUGUAUGUGCAGGUAAAAGGGUUUGUUCCCUUAAAUGAGACCGCUUUACCGGAAGUAAUAGAUGGAAUUGAUGUCGAUAUACGUGAAUGCGUUGUCUUGCCGUAUACAUUUCCUAACGAACACCAUGAACAUAUUAAAAUGGGUUGCGCUAUACAUGGCGGAUUGAAGGACGAACAAGGGCGAGUUCUUGGGGGAACGCUUGGUGGGUUCUUUGAAGUAGAUAGGGAGAUGUAUUGCUUAACAAGUGCUCAUACUUUUAUGUCUUCAGCAGACAUGGGUAAAUUGAAACAGUUUGGGAAAUUCUGUGACCUAGGCCUAGGGAACGCUAUAAAAACGUUUGAAGCUCACCAACCAGUUGUAGAAGGAUCAAGACCGUUUGGUACAGGGGUGCGUGCUGUUUAUAAAGAAGGUGGCAAUGGCGAAACUGGAGUAGAGGCAGUGGUAGUUAAAGUACAGGACAGAUUUCCCGUUUCUGGAGAGUUUCCAGCAUGUCCACAUCGUAGAAAUCCAGGAAUCGACCGUCCAAAAUUUUCGACUGGAAAAAUAUAUAAUCGAGAAGAAGUUAAUAGAUUAAUAAGAAGUAAAACACUUACGGUUGUAAAAUUUGGUUGCUCAUCAGGUUGGACAAGAGGAAGUUUUCGAUUUUCUGCUGGAGCGGCAAGACUGAGCAAUAUGGUAGCAUCGAUUCAUAGUUUUGGAAUUUUAUUGCAUAAUCAAUUCGAGAUAGAGAAUAUUGGAGAAACUCAGUUCGCCGAAUUCGGGGACUCUGGUGCAUUAGUGUUUACGGAUGAAAACAAUGAGCUUUCAGUUAUAGGUAUUGUUGAAGGUGGAACACCGGGCGUUAUAUAUGUGACACCUAUUUGUGAUGUGUUUUCAGCUCUGGAAUUGCAAAAUGUACAAUGUACGAAGGAAUUCACAUUGCAUUACCAAGGCAUGCAAAAUAUACCAAUGGAAAUGAGAUCAGACUCGUAUUCAUCACGGACUCUUACAGAUAGAAGUGAUUCAGGAAUAUCGACGAACGACGAGGCUGUUCUAAAACAUAUUGAGGAGAAAUUUAAGAUAUUUGAUCAGGAAAUUACACAAGAGGUCGCCAGGCAGGUACAUGAAAUUAACGAAAAUAUGAACACAACAGUAAAUCAAGAGUUAAGUCCUGUAAAAUCUGAAUUAAGUACUCUAAAGUCAGAAGUAACACUUCUUAAAUCCGAUAUCACAAAUGUUAAAUCAGAAUUAAAACAGGAUAUAGAUAAAUCAAACACCGAAAUUCAGAGCAAAAUGCAGGAACAAUUUACAGCGCAAACUAAUUCCAUAAAAAACAUGUUAUCCGAAUUCUUUCGCUCAAAUCCUGCGGCAAACGCUUCAGAUACUAAUAAUUCUACAUAAUAGAUAUACGUAUCAUUUUCACUGGCACGUUCAAUAUUUCUUAGUAUUGAAAUUCUUAUUUUGCUGUACACAGAGAUACUUUAAAAUGUGUGUUUUUUUUUAAUUUUUUGAAGUUAAAUUCAUUUAAACAAGAUAACGUAAAACGGAUAUAUAAUAUUUCUAACGUUUCAUUUUGAAACCGUUAAUGCGUCAUGCAAUAUAUAGGAUUAUCUAAAAUGAAAAUAGAAUUUCCUUUUAGAAAGGAAUGGCUUGGCUAGUAGAGGUAAAUAGCAAGCUGUCAUCUUUCAUUUAAAAUACCCCUUUAAACACUAAUGGAACCGGCCACCACGUUAGCGCAGAAAUUGGCGGCAAAUGUUUCCUCUGAGAUACCCAUUUGGCAGAUUAUAUUAUAUCAGGGUUGUGCUUACUAGACAGGGAUAAAUGCUCAUAAAUUCUUUACAAAAGUAACUAAAAUAAAUGAAAUAUGUAUUGUCAGAAAUGAAACGAUCUUCAUUUUCAAUAAAUGUUUGAUACAAUGUAUAUGUAUUUGAUUUAUUUACAAUUUGUUAUCAUAUUAUUGUUCGUGAAUUAAUAAUAGACUGUCAUAAAACUCAAACGCCCAUUAGACUGAAGCUUGUAGGUGUGACCAAUCAGUGGACACCAUGGAUAUAGUCUGCUUCCGUAGACACGAAUACAUUUUGGGAGGCAAAAUAACCGAAAACAAUAUAAAAGGAUUCAUGCAAAUAGAUCAAGUUACUGAGAACUUUGUAAUAUUGGCCUCGUUCGCAAAAUAACGAAACAGUCAAAAGGACAGCUCAUUGGUUUACACCCAAAAUUCAGUGAUAAUAAGCAUUACCAUAGACUGUUUUGAUCUUUAAACGUCAGGUUUACACUAAAAAUAAUAUUUAUGAUAUCUGGCCAUCCGCUUGUUGAAAUGAAUUUUCUGUCAUUUUAUUAAUUUCCUUUUUUUUGUAAUUUUCUCCUAAAACAUAGAGUUAUAUAAAUAGGCAUUAAAUUUUCUUUAAAAUGAUCUUUUUGAAAAAAAAAAGUGAAUAGAAAUAUGUGCUAAAAAUAGAAGGUAUCUAGAAUUGUUGCUUUUUAAAGUAUUAGGAUGUAUGUCAUGUAUGUAGUUUUUAAAAUAUCUUGGUGUAUGUCAUGUUGUAUGUAGAUAAUGAUAAUUCCAGCGAUUAAAAAAAUAUCAGUAUGUUACAAACAUAAUGUAUAAUAUAACAAAUGAAGGGGUCCGUGCAAAAAGGUAUCUAUCUCCAUUAUUGGUCAAAAUGGAGUUAGGUUAUUUGUAGCAUAAAAAGAACAUUCCGCUCUUGAUUAACUUCACGUAUGCAACAUUGGGUCUAACUCCACAAUGAGUUGACAUCAGAGAGUUCAGGGCUUUGAUGGCUGUUUCGGAUAAUAAAAAGAACACAAGCCUAAUGUAAAUAGACUAUAUCAAUAAUUUUAAAAGUCAUCAGCAUAUGAAAUGAAUAUAUUUCAUUGAUAUAUUUAGGCAAAAAUGAUUCGCAAAUCAUGGUUUAAAUGCAACAAUGGUCCUAACUCCAUGGAUUUAGAACCUUUGUUGCAUAACUCCAUGGACUAAGAACCCUGGUUGCAUAAACAUAAUCGACAAAAACAAGAGUUUUUGUUAUAAAACUGAUAUACAUAGUGCAAAAACUUUGUAAUAAGACUGUUUAAAAUAGUAUACGCUCUAUAGCUGCAAUUCUUUUGGGAAAUAUCACAUUUAACCGAAACGUUAGAAAAAUACGUUUUCCCAACAUUUUUACCAAAUGGUACCUUUUUGCACGGACCCCUUCAAAUGCAAAAAAUCGAAUACCAAUGCAUCUUAAAAAGGAUCAAUGCUUGCAUAUCUUUUUUUCCCGACAAAAACUAGGAGUUCAACACAUGAACUGUUUACCAUAGAUAGUUUUGUUUUAAUCUAAGUUUAGAUACUUAUACUUGCAAAUCAGAAUAAUGUUGAUUCAAAUAUUUAAUUGGUAAACUAAACAGGAGUAACUUUUAACAAUACCUAGUAAGAUAAUCAUGCAUACUCUCUGAUUUUCACAAAAAGAGAUAUUUAUUGUGCAACUGCCAUUAUCCGUGUGUGCAAGUGUAAGUACAUCUUUAUGUUUAUGCGAGCUCGGACAAUCGCGCACGGCCGAUAACUUUGUCGAGAAUGUUAAAGUAACAUUGCACAAUUGAUAAACCAAAAUAAGUCAACAUGUGGCGUUAUGACCAAGCACUACGGGCCCAAAUGUUGAUGUCACGCUUAGAGGUCAAACAUUCGUAAAUAUCAUGGCCGCUUUGGGAUGUGGUAGAUUUUUUUCCUACCGGUAAAUAGUUGUAAAUUUAUACAUCUUCUCACAAUAACAGCUGGUCCAAAUUUGAAACAAUACCACAGGAAUGACUUUGUGUGACCCUCUAAUAAAAUUGUUCAUUCUUUGUCAAAAACUGCUGUCCCGAUGUUGACCAUUCGCUAAGACUGUUCCAAUUAUUCCGACUCUUUAAAAGAAAAUGACCCCCAGUGCUAAGUUUAAAAAAUCAAGAAAAUUUACUGAACAGUUGGUUAGACUUUGACUUUCCCUAUUGUAUAUUCAUCCUGGCAUUUUUCCACUUUCCCCAACAUUACCAAUUUUUGUAUUUUGGAUAUGAUUAAAUAUUCUUGUUGUUGGAUUUUUCAAGCAAUCCGUCUGCUACAUUUUCCCCAUUACAGUUCUUUUUUGUUGCAGGCCUACUUUGCGAUGCAUGGCUCUAUAGCUGUGUUUGGGGUUCUCUGUGCAUCAGGGAAAUUUACCCUUGCAUUUUUUUUUUAAAUAUUUCAAAUAAAUGUUUCUAGGUUAAUUAUCUACCAAGAGCGUCCAUAAUAUUUGGAUUUGUCAAACAUUUCCGCCAAGGCUAAAAUAGAAAAUAGAAAAAUCUUCAAAAGCAAUCUCGUCCUAAACUAGUGACCUGAUUUAAUUAAUCUCGUCCUAAACUAGUGACCUGAUUUAAUUAUGAUUUCACCCAAAUGUUACUUUGGUUGGCUGCAUGUAAUGAGCUGGUUAUAAGAAGCCACUAACUGAUUUAAGUAAAUGUUGGUAAACAGAAGAAGCAUCAUUUUUUCUGUUUCGUUUUCGUAGAAAUGGUAAUACAAAUGAAUCGCUCUACCUGUUUUGCCUGUCUGCAUGACCUAGAUGAACUGUUAAAACACUUUUUGUCGAGCCCGCUUGCGGAAGCGAAGACAUAGUUGUCCAAAUGGCUGUUCGGUGUAUGUGCGUGAGUGCGUGCGUGCGUGCGUCCGUCCGUCCGGAUUUGUUUGUCCGGACCAUAACUUUGACAUGCAUGGAGCAAUCUUGUUUACAUUUGGCAUGAAUGUUAACCUCAGUGAGACGGAGUGUGGUGCGCAAACCCCGGGUUCCUAUCUCAAAAGUCAAGGUCACACUUAGAGGUCAAAGGUCAAAUUCAAUAACUACUUUGUCCGGAGCAUUGCUUCUUCAUGCAUGGAGGGAUUUUGAUGUUACUUGGCACAAUUGUUCACCAUCAUGAGACGGAGUGUCAUGCACAAGAAUCAGGUCCCUAGGUCUAAGGUCAAGGUCACACUUAGAGGUCAAAGGAUACAAGAAUGACAACUUUGUCCGGAGCAUUUCUUCUUCAUGCAUGGAGGGAUUUUGAACUUGGCACAAAUGUUCACCACCAUGAGAUGGAGUGUCAUGCGCAAGAACCAGGUUCUUAGGUCUAAGGUCAAGGUCACACUUAGAGGUCAAAGGUCAGAUACAAGAAUGACUUUGUCCGUAGCAUUUCUUUUUUCAUGCAUAGAGGGAUUUUGAUGUAACUUGCCACAAUUGUUCACCAUCAUGAGACGGAGUGUCAUGCGCAAGAAACUAGAAUUACUUCCCUUUGUAGUUACUAUAAAUAGCUUAUAUUGUAACUUUUUUAUUACUGGUCGUAGGGAAAAAUCAGGACCACUUUUCUGUAGUACAACAUGCAUGUUACAUCCAGUUUUCAGGUGUAUUUUGACCCAUAUGUACUGGUAAGGAUUUUUGUGUGGACUUAUAAUUUUUUUUUUUUUUUUUUUUAUUUAAGAUUUACUUCCCUUUGUUGUUACUACAAAUAACUUAUAUUGGAACUUUUUGCAAUCUUUUUUGUAUCCCCCGACAACAAAGUUGUAAGGGGGGUAUACUGGUUUCAGGUUGUCUGUCUGUCUGUCUGUCUGUCCGUCCGUCCGUCUGUCCGUAGACAGAAUUUUGUGCGCACCAUCUCUCCUCAUCCCCUUGACACAAUUUAAUGAAACUUCACACAAGUGAUCAGUAACAACAGUAGUUGUGCAUGGGGCAUGUUAGGUUCUUUCAGAAAAAAAAAUUGCAGAAUUACGGCCUUUGUUUUUUGUUACUAUACUAUAUACAUAGACACAAUCUUGUGCGCACCAUCUCUCCUCAUCCCCUUGACACAAUUUAAUGAAACUUCACACAAGUGAUCAGUAACAACAGUAGUUGUGCAUGGGGCAUGUUUGGUUCUUUCAGAAUUUAUAUUUGCAGAGUUACGGGACUUCGUUGUUUUGUUACUAUACUAUAUACAUAGACACAAUUUUGUGCGCACCAUCUCUCCUCAUCCCCUUGACACAAUUUAAUGAAACUUCACACAAGUGAUCAGUAACAACAGUAGUUGUGCAUGGGGCAUGUUAGGUUCUUUCAACAACAAAAAUUGCAGAGUUUUGGGAUUUGU